AUGCGCAGUGAGCAGAAGUCUCUUCCGGUCAUCGCCGUUCCAGGGUCUCCACGGUGAUCCGUCCAUCCCGCUCCUCCAGGCCUCGGUACCCGCGGUUUUACUCCAACUGAGUCGAACGCAAGUGAAAAUAAAGUUGUUUGAGGAUAUUGGCGUAGAAAACAUCACAAAACUUGGAAUAUUAUUUUUUUUUUCUCCUCCCCCUUCCCAACUGCACAAGAUGAAGCUGUGGUGGGGCUGGACGUGUGUGCUGCUCCUCUCCCUCCUGGCUCUCUCUGAGUCCCAUGCUGAAGCUCAGGGUGACCUAGACCUAGAGAUGGAGGAUGAAAUGGAGGAAGCUAUGGUAGAAGAUAGGGAAGACUCAGCAGAGAUAGAGGCGGAGAUGGAAGGGGAGGCGGAAGAGGAGAAGGGAACCGAUGCCAACGUCUCCUUCCAGGUGACCUACAAGACUCCUGUUCCCAUCGGAGAAGUGUACUUCUCAGAGACCUUUGAUGACGGCUCACUGGACAGGUGGCAGGUGUCAAAGACCAUGAAGGAAGACGCAGACGAUGAAAUUGCUAAAUAUGAUGGUAAGUGGUCUGUGGAGCAGCUGAAGGAGAAUAAAGUACCAGGAGACAUGGGUCUGGUUCUGAAGUCCCGGGCCAAACAUCACGCCAUCGCCUCCCUGUUGGACAGACCCUUCCUCUUCCGGGACGAUGCCCUAGUCGUACAGUAUGAGGUGAACUUCCAGGAUGGUAUUGACUGUGGUGGAGCCUACAUCAAACUGCUGUCAGACGAAGAUGACCUGGAUCUGGAUCAGUUUAAUGACCGUACCUCCUACACCAUCAUGUUUGGUCCUGAUAAGUGUGGAGAGGACUACAAGCUGCACUUCAUCUUCCGCCACAGGAGCCCUCUGAACAAAGACCUGGAGGAGAAACACGCCAAGAGGCCCGACGUCGACCUGAAGAAGUUCUACACAGACAAGAAGACUCAUCUCUACACACUGGUCCUGAACCCAGACAACAGCUAUGAGAUCCUGGUAGACCAGAGCAGUGUCAGUCGUGGCUCUCUGCUUCAUGAUGUGGUUCCUCCUGUUAACCCCACCAAGGAGAUAGACGAUCCCACUGACUCUAAACCUGAAGACUGGGACGAGAGGGCCAAGAUACCAGACCCAGAGGCUGUCAAACCUGACAACUGGGAUGAGGAGGCUCCGGCUACGAUCCAGGACCCUGAUGCUGUGAAGCCAGAGGGAUGGCUAGACGACGAGCCUGAGUUUGUAGCCGACCCCGCCGCCGACAAACCAGACGACUGGGAUGAGGAGAUGGAUGGAGAGUGGGAGGCCCCUCAGGUUCCUAACCCAGUGUGUGAGACAGCCCCUGGAUGUGGGCAGUGGAAACCCCCUACCAUCAACAACCCUCAGUACAAGGGCAAGUGGAAGGCUCCUCUGGUGGACAACCCCCACUACCAGGGUGUGUGGAGCCCGCGUAAGAUCCAGAACCCGGACUACUUCGAGGACCUGGCUCCGUUCCAGAUGACGUCGUUCAGAGCCGUGGGGCUGGAGCUCUGGUCCAUGACCUCCGAGAUCUACUUCGACAACUUUAUCAUCACUUCAUAUAAAGAGGUGGCCGAUCGCUGGGCUGGAGACAGCUGGGGACUCAAGAAACUGGUGGCUAGUGCCAACGAGCCGGGUGUGUUUUCCCAGUUGACCAUGGCAGCAGAGGAGAGACCGUGGCUCUGGGUGGUCUACAUACUGACUGUUGGUCUGCCCAUAGGACUGACUGUGUUAUUCUGCUGGCCCAAGAAAUCAGAUGAUGACUAUGUGUACAAGAAGGUGGACCCGCCUAAACCCGAUGUAGAAGAGGAGGAGGAAGAGGAUGAUGAAGAGGAGGAGGAGGAAGAAGAAGAAGAGGAGAAGGGAGACCAAGCAGCUAAGGCCAAAGCUACUGAGAGUCCAAAACCUGCAGAAGAGAAGAAAGAGAAGGCGGAGGAGGAGAGUGGGGCAGCUGGAGGGGACAGCGUAGAAGAUGAAGAGGACGAUGAGGAGGAGGAGGAUGAAGGAGAGGAGGAAGAAGAGACCAAGUCCAAUGAGGCAGCAUCGGAUGAUGUCAGUGCUGAGCAGAAGGUGGAGGCAGACGAGGGGGGCCACAGCGUUGGCGACGGACACAAACAGGCCGUGAGGAAGAGGAGGGUACGGAAAGACUGAUGAAGACCAACGACAACAAAUGAAGCCUUCUCUCUCCUCCUCUCGCUCUCUCUCUCUCUCUCCUCUCUGCAUGCCCUCUGGUGGUCCUAGUGACCAAGAUACUACCCCUCCUCCCCCAUCAGUCAAAUGUUCUCUCUAUCCGUUACGCCUCUCUCUAAGGCCAUUGAGGCUACCCUGACCCCCCCAACCCUCCUUUCUUCCAAAAUGAAUACUAUGCCCCCUCAUCUCCUUCCUCCUUCCCCCCAUCCUCUUCAUCAGCUGCAACUUUCUAACCCCCCCUCUCCUCUUCAGCUUCCAGUCUUCCUGACUAUAGUUCCUAGUUCUGGUUUAUUGUUGACAUUUUGUAAAGCUUCAGAAGUAUUAUUUUUAUUCAAACUAGAGUUAAAAGGCAGCUCUCUCUGGCUUGUGUCUCAAAUGACACCCUAUUCCCUGAAGAAGAGGUUUGGUCAAAGUAGUGCACUACAUGGGGGGGUAAGGAGUUAAAAAGUAGUGCACUACAUGGGGGGAUAAGGUGUUAAAAAGUAUUGCACUACAUGGGGGGAUAAGGAGUUAAAAAGUAGUGCACUACAUGGGGGGGAUAAGGAGUUAAAAAGUAGUGCACUACAUGGGGGGGAUAAGGAGUUAAAAAG